UUUCGAUUUUUCCCUGAUGAAUGCAGCUUGGAAACAAGCAUUUUUUUUUCAUGCAAAUGAAAGUUAUCGAAAGGGGGAUUUAAAAUUUUUAUUAGCCUUAUAGUUAUGCUUGAUAUGGGGCUAGUGUUUGCAUUAUUGCCCGGCUUAUGGUAUAGAAGGACUCUAGCUAUAUAAUGGUUAAAUGACCAUGAUGACUCCCAUACGCCUUUGUUUGUAUUUGUUUAUCCGGGAUUUUGUUAAAUGUAUUUAACCCCUGUACACUUCGUACGUGCACUCAAUAAUACGCGUGCAGUCAUAAUGCGAAGCGGAGCAUGCCAGUUGGAUAUUUAAUUUGUGAUAUGGAAACAGCGAUAUAUCCGAACGGGAACGGGAUACCAUUUUGACGAAGGCCUAGAUAGCGAACAUCACUUACAACGUAUCAUCAGUGGUUAUAGCAACAAUCUCAACCCAAAAAAGGACUUAACAAAGUCUGGCCGUCUUGACUUAUACAAAAUGAAUAUCUUUAUCAUUUUAACGAGGGAGGGAGCUUGACUGAGAACAACAUGAGACCGAGUGUAGACUUAUCCGAUUUACGUUUCGAUUUUGAUGAGGAAGAGACCCAACUUCCGCCGAUCGAGGUUCGUCACGUGGCGACGUUCGAGCAUCGUCUCGACAGCGUCAUUUCCGCCAUUUGUCCAAGUUCCAGCAACGUUGCGUGGGUUGCGUGCAACAGUGACUCCGUCGUCGCCCAAUACCAGAGAGACGGACGGGAGACUAAGAGGAUAUAUACGGACUUCUACGUAGACGACAUGAAAGUUUCCCAAUCGGGAAACCUCCUUGUUGCUCCCGAUUUGGGGACUUCUAUCAAGUUCGUGAACGUUCAAGAUCCCAGAACGCUUGACUUUGCCUCGUUUUAUCCUUUUGUGACAAGAGGGGUGUUUAUUUCCAAGGAAAACGAUAUCUACGUCAGUUUACGCAACGAGACUACGGCAAAAGUGGUGAAAAUGACGUCACAGGGCGAGAUUGUACGAGAGUUGCAACGAGACCGUGGCAACCAGCCGUUGUAUUCCGAUCCGGACAAAAUUGCCGUCAACAGUGUCGGCGACGUCGUUGUGCUAGACUGGGCGACCAAAUGUGUAAUAUCUGUGGAUAUCUACGGGAGAUAUCGCUUCAAAUACAACGGCAGGAUAAAAAGAAAGGUGAAUUGUGAAAUAUUUACCCCAACCGAUCUAGUCUGUGAUAAAUACGACAACAUUUUGAUCUGUGACUGCGACAACAGCGCUGUCCAUAUGUUGGACAGACACGGACAGUUUCUGCGGUUUUUGGUGUCCGUUGAAAACGGCGUGAGUUGUCCAUGUUCUCUUGCUUUGGACGAGAAAGGCCAGCUCUGGCUGGGGGAAAUGAAUGGACAGGUGCAUGUCAUAGAGUACUACUGUGGCAAAUAAUCGCAUGUCUUGUACCUUUUGUAUAAAAGGAGGGUGCUCGCCGCGACGCAUUGGAGAUAUGAAUAGACAGGUGCUUGAUAUUUGGUUCUACAUGUAACGUGGUACACAAACUGUUUAACAGCUGUUUAAAAUCACGCACUGUAGGCUAUAGCAAAUAAACACAUAAACACGGAAAAACAUUCAUUUAUGCUCCGAAGACUAAAAGAUAUAUUCCUGAAUGAAUCAAAUAAGUUUCUUCUAGCUGUGAAUAUAAUAAGCCUUCUUCAAGAUUCAAAAAUAUAACAUGGGAAAUUAUAUAUUAAUUUAUUACAUAAUUUCAGCGAGCGCUUUUUCGAAAAUUUUCACGCUUUAUAAAUGAAAAUUAAAGCUUAUUCAAAUAGAUCAAUAAACCAGUUUUUGUUUC